GGGGAAGCCGGACCCUCAGAGGAGCUGCUGAUCCAAGCCGGAGAGCCACACUGUAAAAGGACUUACCGCAAGUUUAGCAAAGGCUUCCACUGCUGCCAGACUCCAGGAUGAAAUACUACGAGAGCCCCAUGUCCCAGAGCCUGGGAAUCAAAGCGUACAGCCAGAGCUGUGGGCUGCCGCUCACCUGCAAGCGCGCGGCCUCCCUGAAGCCCGCCCGCAGCGUCCACUUCCCCAACGACAUCGUUUUCCAGGACUACGUGAGGCACGGAGAACUGGAGAGGAUCGGACGUUUCAUCAGGGCCAGCAGGGUGAGACUGGACACCAUUUACCACUCUGGAAUGGCAGCCAUCCACGAGGCAGUCCUGACUGGGAACCUGGAGUGCGUGAAGCUGCUGGUGCAUUACGGAGCGGACAUCCACCAGAGGGACGAGGAGGGGUGGACCCCGCUGCACAUGGCGUGCAGCGACGGCUUCCCCCACAUCGCACGCUACCUCCUGUCGCUGGGUGCCGACCCCGAGCUGGAGAACGACUGCGGCGAGAAACCGGCCGACCUCAUCGACCCGGAGAACAAGGAGCUGCUGAGGCUCUUCGGGCUGGCGGUCAACGACUGAGAAGCUCCGGAGGUCCCAGAGCUUCUCACACUCGUCUGGAAGACGCUGCAGGUUGUCCCGACUGCUCUUCGGCGGCGAGCAGGGAAGGCCGCUGCCUUCCAGGAUCCUGGUUUUUGGAGAGCUGCCACAGCUCUGAAGGGCGACGGCGGGCCGGGAGGGCCGACAGGAGGAGUGGACCGCUUCACUCCAGCAGCACUAACCUCCUGAAUGCCCUCAGCGCCGCAGAACUUUUACAGCCUUGCUUCUUUAUGUGAAGAUAUGAAUCUGCCUGGACUUUGUGAAACAAAGCUGUUGCUCUUUUUUUUUUAUUAUUGUUCCUAUUCCUGAGGUUAAUGUUCAGGAUUAUGUUUUUAGCCACACAGGCAAGUUUGUUGAUGUUUUUUUGAUCAUUGGGAGCGAACUGUUCAGUACUUUCACUUGUUUGUCCUUUUUUUUUUUUUUUUUACUUGUUUAAAUAAAGUGAAUUAAUCCAU